AUGUUUGCGACGACCAAGAAGAGUUUUAUUACGACUGACGCGAACGCUUUUGGUGGUGGAACGCUGCUGUUGUCCUCGUCGUCUCUGUUGUCGAGGCGAAGACCGAAGAAACAGACGGGAAGAGGCUUUGAGUUUCUGACGGCCCGGCGGGAUGAAGACGACGAGGAUGAAGUUGAAGUUCAACAAGAAAGACGACAUAGACAACAAAAACGACGUAAACGACGAGAGAUUAUGACCAAGACACUCGCGUCGUGUGCAUUGACAGAGAUGAUGCUCUUUAUUACGCGAGAAGAACAAGAAGGAGAAGCUCGAGCGGCUGAUGAAGGAGGAAAAAUGUCUGACUUCAGCAAUCUGAAAAUACUCCUCUCGGAAAUAAAGCGAGCGGACGCGGAACUCUCGCAAAUGAUUGGGCAGCUACAAAGAGCGAGCGAUGUUGGCACGGACGCGCCUUUAGAGCUCAUGUCGUACGUGUUUGAAAACAGAGACUCGGCGAUUUACAAUUUCCAAAAGAACGCUCUGAAGCUGGACGCGUUCGUCGACGCGGAAGAGUUAACGCCGAUUGAAGCCGCCGUGUGGGACUCUAUCCCGCAAAAGAACGGAGGGGGCGUGCACACGCCUUUUAUAGUGACGCCGAACGAGUUCGUGUGCGCGCUUUAUUCGUGCGUGAAUAGUCCAGACGCACCGCCGUCGACGGAAGCGGCGUUGACGAUUGACAUGUUGAGAAAAGGCGUAGCGAUGGGGAAGAGGAAAGAUAAACGCAUCACCUCGGAGGGGUUGUUGUUGACCGCAGAAGACGCGAGAGGAAAAGUGCAACGGUAUUUAGAGAUUUUAGAAAGUAGCGGGAUUUUUAGUAGAAGCAGCAGCAAAUAA